AUUGUCAAUAGGUGUUUGCUUUGUGGUGGCCUUGGAAUGUCGAUUUGCGUGUAUAAAUCGGAAUAUAUCGGUCCUCAUAAUACUUGCAUACUGUACUGGCGGUAUGUAAACUACCUGCGGAACUUCGUUGGUAGUUUCCAGUGCAGUGUGCUAGUUUUCUCGAUCUGUCACAACGAUUCAUUGUAUGGACUAUACUUACGUGACUUUUGUAUGUUUUAGUCCGGAUAAAAAUAUAGCAGAAUCGUGAGAAGAUAUUGGGAGUGCGAAGUGGGAGGUUGGUGGAUGGUGCAGUGAUGGAUUAUCUACAUGCAGAUUUACUAAGCAACGUACGGGAAGGUCUUCUGGACACUUGUCGACAUCAUAUCCAUUGUCUCUCCAGUCACCUCAAACACUCUACCAAUGGUCUCUACCAUCUGGGCCAACGGCUGAACGAGAAAGUCAGUAUCCGCAGCCGAAGGCUACUCUACAAACCACCCACAGAAGACGAUGUUGUGAACCAAGCCAAAGUCCUUUGCAGGGACUAUGCCUACGCAAAACUCAGAAAACACAAACUCAUCUCUCGCGACAUCUACGGAAAGGCUAGUAUGAAGCGAGGUGCCUACCAACUGCAAUUCUUGAAGCAGAAAACGGAGAAGGAAGCACAGUCGAGUCAAGUGAAAAAAGGGUUUCAUGAUUCCGGUAUAGGGCCAUCGGAUGUGUCUAAGGAACUAAUAAAGGUAGCCACGGAAUUCGAAAGAUGCUUCCCUUAUUUAUAUGAAGACAUUGCCGAUCAGUUACAACUCAAUUUCCAGUCCUCCACCAAUAUCCAGAGUGUCUACAAUACCGUUGGGGCUGAUAUCUUCAGGAAAGGUAUUACGUGGGCAAGAAUCAUCGCCCUGUACACUUUGACAGGCGUCCUCAUCGUUGAAUGUGUGAAGCAAGGUCAUCACAGCCAGGCCAACGCGUUGGUUGAUACUUUGCAGAAGUUCGUUAGGAAGAGGCUGGCCAGGUGGAUCAUUGACCAAGGAGGAUGGAUUGGGCUGGUUGUCCACUUCCGUCAGAAGCAAUCAUCCAUCACAUUACUUCGGGUGUUAAGCUUAGCAGGGUUGAUCUUUGGUCUGUUACUCGUAUUCUGGUUCCCGCGAUGAAGUACUGCCAGAUAUCCGUAAGUAAUUCCCCAAAUAUGGAUAGAAAAGAUGGGAUCAUAAUAUGCGCUGAAGUCGUUCAUUCGGACCGUGACCAAAGAGAGUGUGCCUCGUGUCUUCCAGGUGGUGACUAUUUAGUUCACAAACCAUAAAAAAUCCACAUCAUUCAUAACUUCUAGUAAGUCUAUUAAGUUCGCUACAACAACCAUGACUUGUAAUACGACCCUAGUCACCAAUGCAUUUCCUUCAGGUUGACUCAAUUGCGAAUUUACGCUAAUAGACAGGAAAAUUUCUGAGAACGCUAAUUUGAACAAAAACGGAGCAACCUUAUCGAUUCCCUUCCAGGGAUGCGCCAACGAUACUUUUGUCCGUUUUAUGUAUUCCAAUGGAGUAACGAAACAGAGGUCAAGGGACACAACUCAUCUACCUUGUUCGUGGGAAAUCAGCAUUUUAUGCAUCACGUGUGUGUGUACUCGCUCUACCGAAUCCUAUUGUAUUAUUGAAGUCCUCGGUUUAGGGGAGUCUUCGGUUCCACGACGCAGGAUUUAAGAACGCAGUAAAUAUGUUGAAAAAUGCCCGUCAAACGAACAUGAAACCGAUGGGACGUCUUUGGCGACAAUGAAAGAAGUAUUCGUCGAAAAUAAUUGGUGAACCAGAACAGUAGCUUCGUCCUAAGUUUUUGAGCUGACGGAAAAUGGCAAAUAAUAUUAUGUUGUUUACCAAGCGUCGAAGACGAAACUACUGAUUUAAUUUAAAUUGACCAAGUUCCGACAAUGACCUGAUUGUCAAGAAAGGCACUUGACAACAUUCUCUAUGUUCCUGAAUCCGUCGUGCGACGUAGAAGCUACAACUUCCCUUUAUCCCAUUCUGUAAUGCGAACUUCAUGAAGUCCCUACAUUGGAGAGUAUUUUGACCAGAAUGUGAGACCCGAGCAACCGGAAUUUUUCUCAAUAAAAUUGACGAAGUUGUAAUUAGAAUGAUAGCAACUUUUGAUAUGAUUCCAUCGGUUUCUCCUUGGUCUCGUUUGUGCAACUCUGGAUUUAACUGUUGGAACAUAACUAGACAUGUAGAAAUAACUUUGACUGAGUGAAAGAUACACAUGUGAUCGAUGGCCACCAGGAAAGCAUUUUUGGGCCCCGUCUUACAAAGAGUUACGAUUGGUCUGAUCAAUCUCAAGUAUAUGGAAAUCCAUCAAUGUCAUAUCUUUUUCUUUAGGAAAUUUGCAC